GAAAAAAAAGGAAGAGAAUGAUUAAAAAGAAGAAAGGCAAGGAUGGUAUUUUACAGAGAAGAAGGGAAGGACUGAUAUAAGGAAGAGAUAGAGAGCUAGACAAGGAAGGAAGCAAACAAGAAAGGAAGAAAAGGAAGGAAAGCAAGGAAGUUGGCCUCUCCGUCCUCCCCCACCUUCCGUUCCUGCCGAGAGACCACGUGACCCUCGUGACCCCCAAGAGCAAGCUCCUCGGGUUCCCACCUCCUUUCCCUGCCUGGGAUGCGCGCGCACACCUUUCCAUCCCUUCCCUGUCCCCUCCCUCUAACCAAAAGAAAGAAGGAUAUUUAAAUAAAGGAAAUAAAUAAUGGAGGAUCUGGGAAAGCAGGAAGAGAAGAAGGAGAAACAAGACUAGAGAGAAAGAGGCACAGACUUUGAAUGAAUGGAUAGGAAAAGAAGCACAAUAUUUAAAUUAAACAAUAAAUUCAAGCCUUUGCAGUUUCUUUUCCUGGAAAAAGUCUGGAGAGAGAAAUACCACCUUUCUGGACGGAGAAGUCUGGAAAACAGCCCUUUCUAGAUAGGGCCUUGAAAUGGACCCCUUUUCUGGAUAAAUAAAAAAUAUACACAUCUUUUUGAAGAAGGGGAAAAAGUAUCUUGGGGAGAAUAUAUUGUUCUGGAUAAGGAAGGAUGCCCCUUCUGGAUAGGGUCUUAAAAAUGUAUAUUUUGCAGGCAUGGGUUUGUAAAAAGGCAAUUUAUCUGGAUAUUUAUAGAUAGAAGCUUGCAUUUUGAACAUAGAUAUGGGAUAUAUACACAUAUACAUACAGAUAGAUAUAUGUAUGUACACACACACACACGUCUGUAUAUGAUUAUAUAUAUAUUUGCAUAUAUUAUCUGGGUCUAGAGAAGGCCUCUCUUUCUAAAAUAGGGAUCUGGAAACCCUUUUUGGCUGGAGGAAGAACCCCCUUUUUGGAUAUAUUCUGAAAGUCAUUGUUCUGGAUAAGACCUGGAACUGCUUUCCUCUUUUCUAGAACAGCCUAGAAAAAAAUCUCCCUUUUUUGAAUAAGGCCUGAUGGGGAAAUAUUUAGAAAUGUAUAUAGAUAGAUAGAUAGAUAGAUAGAUAGAUAGAUAGAUAGAUAGAUACUAGCUGUGCCCGGCCACGCGUUGCUGUGGCAAAGUCUGGUGGUCUGGGAAAUAAAAUAUUGAGGAAUUGGUGGUAGUUAAGGUCAAGGGUCAAGGUUUUCCCCUAAUGUUAAGUCCACCCAUGCUUGAGUCUGGGAGUUGCUGCUCAUCUCCAUUUCUAAGCCAAAGAGCCAGCUUUGUCCAUAGACACCUCCAGGUCAUGUGGCCACUGGCAUGACUGCAUGGCCCGCCGUUACCUUCCCGCCGGAGCGGUACCUAUUGAUCUACUCAUAUUUGCAUGUUUUUGAACUGCUAGGUUGGCAGAAGCUGGGGCUAACAGUGGGGGCUCUCUCCGUUCCCCCAGUUCAAACCUGCGACCUUUUGGUCCAGAAGUUCAGUAGCUCAGUGCUUUAACACGCUGCGCCAUCAGGGGAUAUUAUUUCCUAAAGGUUGUGAAUAUACAAUUUUUGUCUGUUAGCUGGCCCUGAUUGUUUCCUUUGUGGAAUUUCCAAUUUCCCUGCUUUGAGAGUGUUGCUCUUUAUUUACUGUCCUGAUUUUAGAGAUUAUGUUGUUCUGUAUUAUUCUAUUACAGUAAUUAUUUCAUAUUAAAGUAGAAUCUUUCUUAUCCAACAUUUGCUUAUCCAAUGUUCUGGAUUAUCCAACGUAGCCUGCCUUUUAGUAGUCAAUGUUUUUGUAGUCAGUGUUUUAAAUUCAUUGUGGUAUUUUGGUAGUAAAUUUGUAAAUACAGUAAUUACUACAUAGCAUUACUGCACAUGGAACUACUUUUUCUGUCAAAUUUGUUGUAUAAUAUACGAUUCCCUAAUUUGAUGUUUAUUCGGCUUUUCCUGAAUCCCUUAUUAUCCAACAUAUUAACUUAUCCAACGUUCUGCUGGCCUGUUUAUGUUGGACAAGUGAGACUCUACUGUAUAUUGAUAAUCUUAUAUUAUCUGCUUAGAACUGGAUUAUCUGAGGCUUCUUCUACACAGCUGAAUAUAAUGCCCACUGAAGUGGAUUAUAUGGCAGUGUGGACUCAAGAUAAUCCAGUGCAAAGCAGAUAAUAUAAAAUUCUAAAUGGGUUAUAUAGCUGCGUGGAAGGGCCUUGAGUCUACACUGCCAUAUAAUCCAGUUAAAAUCAGAUAAUCUGUGGAAGAGGCCUAAGUGAGGCCUAACUGUGCCUGUCCCCUGGGCUGAGUAGGUUGCUAGGAGACCAAGUGGGCGGAACUUAGCCUUGUAACUGGCAGCAAUUGGAUAAAAACAAUUAUUCCUCUCUCUCUAAUUAGGACUUUAUUUUUCUUUUCUUUUUGUUGUAUCAACCUAGAGGCAUGGAUGAUGGGUUGUGUUGUCAAAUUUCGAGGUUGGGGGGCUGUAGUUUUGUUGCUUUGUCGGUCGCCGGGAUUCCAUCACUCAUAUAUAUAUAUAUAUAUAUAUAUAUAUACACACACACACACACACACACACACACACACACACACACACACCUCCCCAGAGAUAUGCGACAAAUUCCAAUCUUGUCAUCUGCCGGGGGUGUUUUGAAUGCGCUUUCCUGCUUCUUGGCAGAAUGGGGUUGGACUGGAUGGCCCACGAGGUCUCUUCCAACUCUACAGAUGACACAGACUGAACUACGGACAAAGCAUGAGGUUUCUCUAGGAUGAACGGAUCUGAUUUUAUGUUUAAAAUUUAUAUAUGGUAAUUUAUAUUGUAUUUUAAUCAUUUUAAUUGUUUUAUGCAUUGUUUUGAUAUUGUUUUUGUAUGGGCAUCGAAUUGCUGCCAUUACUGUAAGCUGCCCUGAGUCCCUUUAGGUGGGAAGGGCGGGAUAGAAAUGUGAGAAAUAAAUAAAUAAAUAAAUAUAUCAUGCACAUACACGCACACAUACACACACAUAUGUGUGUGUAUACACAUACACACACACACACACAUAUAUACACACAUACAUACAUACAGUAGCAAGAUCUGGGAUUAACCUUUUUUUUUACAUUUUAUUUAUGGUUUUAGUGUAUACAUAAAAAGUGGGAAAACAUGUUUAGAAGGAUAGAGAAGAAUGAGACGAUAGAAGUAGAAGGAGAGAGAGAAAAAGGACCCCACACUCAACAUGAACAUUGUUCCACUUCCAGAUCCUCUGCAUUGCAUUAUAUAUCUUUCUUUUAAACAUUCAAUAUUUCUCGGCAAGCAACCAUAUAUAACCUAAAGCCUAGGAAUUACUGUGAGCGUAAAUCAUAUAAGCUCAAUAUUCCUUCUUGACAAAUAUUGUCUCAGUUUGUUCCAAUCGGUUCAUUGCCUUGGUGAAAUGUUCUGUGAUAUCUUUUGUGUUAAUAAAUCCAUAUUUUUAAUGUCAAUUAAUUUCAACAUCCAUUUUUCUAUUGUGGGAAUUUCUUGCGUUUUCCGUACUUUGGCUAUGCAUAUCCUGGCAGCUGUUACCAUAUAUAUGAAAUGUUUUUCCGUGUUGGAGUCCAUUUGAAAGUCUACCAUACCUAAAAGAAAGUACUCUGGUUUUGAAUCAAAUUUGAUUUGGAGUAUUUUCUCCAUUUCUUUGUUAAUUUCCUGCCAAAACCUUUUUAUUUUUCUACAUCCCCACCAGAUAUGCAUAAAAUCUCCAUUAUGUUUCUAGCAUUUCCAGCAUUUCCCAUCCCCUUUACCUUUACUGAACUUUGCAAGCCUUUCUGGUGUGAUGUACCAUAUAUAAAAGAUCUUAAACCAGUUCUCCUUUAAUUCUAUUGCAUAUAUUAGUUUUUGAUUCUUUCUCCAUAUCUUCUCCCAAUCUGCUAGGUUGAUCAUAUGACCUAUUUCCCUUGCCCAUUUUGCCAUCACCACUUUUACUUGUUCCUCUUCUGUGUCCCAUACCAACAGUUGUUGGUAUAAUAUUUUUAUUAUUUUUAUUUCUGUUUUUAAUAUUCUGUCCCAGCAUGUUUCAUUUAAUUCAAAGCCUAUUUUUUUAUCCUCUUGGAAGAUUCCCCUUAUUUGCCAAUAAUUUAACCAUGUCAUUGUGGGUUCCAUUUUUUUUAAUCUCUUCAUAUGGUUUAAGACUGAUCUCUUGAUUUUCCACUCUUAAUAUUUGCCUGUAAGUCAGCCAUUUUUCCCUUGGCACUUCUCUCAUAUACUCUGCCUCGAGAGGGGAAAACCACAUUGGUACCUUCUUGUAAAAUCCUUUUUUGUGUUUCUUCCAGGUUCCUAUGAGCGCUGCCCUCAGAUAAUGAUUUUUAAAGUUUCUUUCCUUGCUAGUUUUCUCUCUACAUAGGGAGUUAUGCCACCCUUUUCUUAAAUCCUGUCUUUCUAAGGCUAAUAUUUUCCUUUUAGUUAGGGUGGUCCAGUCCUUUACCCAACUCAGGGCCGCAGCAUCAUAGUACAACUGGAGGUCUGGUAGACCCAUCCCUCCUCUCUUAGUAUAUGAACCCUUUAUAUGUUUAUCUUUAUAUGUUUGAACCCUAUUCUAGCUUUUUUACCUUCCCAUAUAAAUUUCUUUAUAUCCUUAUGCCACUCUGCUAAGGUUUUUUUCAUUCUUUCGUUAUUAUUAUUAUUUUAUUUUAUUAUGACACAGCAAACAAGAUGGAUAUGCUGGAUUUCGUUUCACAAAAUCACAAGUCUAACACUUCCUAAGUGUCUAGGACUGUGAUGUAUUAUUAUUAUUAUUAUUAUUAUUAUUAUUAUUAUUUUAUUAUGACACAGCAAACAAGAUGGAUAUGCUGGAUUUCGUUUCACAAAAUCACAAGUCUAACACUUCCCAAGUGUCUAGGUCUGUGUAAUGUAUUUUUGGAUGAUGCACGCAGAUCCCAGUCGGGUGGCCUUUUGCAGCUGGCAGAUCGUGAUUUUGUCAAUGUCUAUUGUUUCCAAAUGCCGGCUGAGAUCUUUUGGCACGGCACCCAGUGUGCCCAUCACCACUGGGACCACCUGCACUGGUUUCUUCUAAAUCCCACAAUUUACAAGAAACUGAAACAAGACCCUACUAACAAAAUCACCAGAAAAACGAACACUCUAAUCAAGAACUCCUCCAUUAACUUUGACAUACGCCAACAGCCGUGCAAAUCAGAAGCCCUCCCACCCAGGCUUUACGGACUCCCCAAAAUCCACAAGGACUCCAUCCCACUCAGACCCAUUGUAAGUGCCAUUGGAUCGCCGACUUACAACCUGGCAAAAUUUCUGGCUACACAGCUACAAACCCACAUUGGGCUCACUGCACACUAUAUCAAGGACUCAACCCACUUUAUAGAAAAGAUCAGCAACCUCAAUCUAAGCACCAAGGACAUCCUGAUCAGAUUUGAUGUGGUGUCCCUUUUUACCAAAGUCCCAGUAGCUGACACCCUCACACUAAUCAAACAAAACUUCCCAGAAGACAUCACAGCCCUGUUUCACCAUUGCCUCACCACUAGCUACUUUCAGUGGGACACUGGAUUCUAUGAACAGAAGGAUGGAGUGGCCAUGGGGAGCCCUCUCAGCCCAGUAGUAGCAAAUUUCUAUAUGGAAUACUUUGAAAAACAGGCCCUAGAAACAGCACCAAAAAGCCAACUGUUUGGUUCAGAUACGUAGAUGACACCUUCACAAUUUGGAGCCAUGGAGAGGAAGAACUCAGCAAGUUCCUGGACCACCUUAACAGCAUCCACCCAAACAUCCAAUUCACCAUGGAAAAGGAAAAGGAAGGAAAACUGCCAUUUCUAGAUGUUCUGGUCAUCCGCAAACCCAAUCAACAAUUGGGCCACACAGUUUACAGAAAACCUACACACACAGAUAGAUAUCUUCACAAAAACUCCAACCAUCACCCAAGUCAAAAAAGGAGCACAAUCAAAGCCCUGACAGACCGUGCACAAAGAAUUUGCGAACCUCACCUCCUCCAAGGGGAACUCAACCACCUAAACUGGGCUCUACAGGCCAAUGGAGACUCCACCACAGACACCAGAAGAGCUGCAAGGCCAAGAACAAGCCAGGAGAGUCAAGACAAAGAUCCACCCAGAGGAAAGGUGUUCUUUCCAGACAUCAAGGGAACCACUGACCGCAUAGGGAAGCUGAUGAAGAAGCACAACCUACAGACUAUCUACAGACCCACAAAGAAAACCCAACCGAGGCUACGGUCAGCGAAGGACAAGAGGGAUCCUCUCUCCUCUGCAGGAGUCUACCGGAUACCAUGCAGCUGUGGAUGAGAAGUCUACAGAGGGACCACCAAACGCAGCAAUGCCCAAACACAAGUCAAGGAACAUGAAAGGCACUGCAGACUCACUCAACCAGAGAAAUCAGCCAGAGCCCUUGAUGAACCAGCCUGGACACAGGAUAUUAUUGGAGAACAUAGAAAUGCUGGACCACUCCAACAACUAUCAUGUCAGACGACACAGAGAAGCCAUUGAAAUCCACAAGCAUGUGGACAACUUCAACAGAAAGGAGGGAACCAUGAAAAUGAACACAAUCUGGCUCCCAGUAUUACAAAACUCCAAAAUCAAAACAGUGGAUGGGAACCAACACUCUGAGGGCAGAGGAGCCCCAGGGACAGCUAAUGACUGAACAAGGGAUGCCCCCAGGCAAGAGACAAACCUUUCCAAUGCUAAUUAGGGUGAUUAACUGAAACAUUAAUGCUGGCUUCGCAGUGACAAAGGACUCUUGCCACACCCUGGACUCUCCACAGAUAUAUUUUUUUUUCCUUUCCUUGCCUAAGUUUGUCCAUGCCUUACACCUCUGAGGAUGCCUGCCCUAGAUGUGGGCGAAACGUCAGGAGAGAAUGCUUCUGGAACAUGGCCACACAGCCCGAAAGACAUACAACAACCCUGUGAUCCCGGCCAUGAAAGCCUUCGACAACAUAUUCUGCCAGAGUCCAUGCAGUUCAAUUAUUCAAGUUAUUAUUAUUAUUUUAAUAUGACACAGCAAACAAGCUAGAUAUGCUGGAUUUCAUUUCACAAAAUCACAAGUCGAACACUUCCCAAGCGUUUAGGACUGUGUGAUGUAUUUUCGGAUGAUGCGCGCAGAUCCCAGUCGGGUGGCCUUUUGCAGUUGGCAGAUCGUAAUUUUGUCAAUGUCUAUUGUUUCCAAAUGCCGGCUGAGAUCUUUUGGCACGGCACCCAGUGUGCCCAUCACCACCGGGACCACCUGCACUGGUUUCUGCCAGAGUCUUUGAAGUUCAAUCUUGAGGCCUUCUGUCUCCUUCUUCAGGGUCUCAUUCGUGAGCCAGAGCCAGGUCUUCUCCUGAUCAGCUUUUCCUUCAAUUUUGUCAAGGAACUUUCCAUGCAAUGUUUUGUUGUGCCAGCUGUCAGCUCUAGUUUGUAGUGCGGGUUUCUUGUACUGGUUUUUUGUCUGCUGUGCUUUGAGGAGUUUCUGAUUUUUGACUUCAAGCAAAGCAGGUUCUUCCCUUUGCUUUACAUCUUCUGCCAGGGCAUGUUCUUCUUCUUUGACUGCUUGUUUGACUUGCAAGAGUCCUCUGCCCCCUGAUCUUCUAGGCAGAUAUAGCCGGUCAACAUCACUGCGAUAUUAUUAUUAUUAUUAUUAUUAUUAUUAUUAUUAUUAUUAUUAUUAUUAUUACUAUUAUUUUACUAUUAUUAUUACAUUGGAGUAGGGGAAAGGUAUCACAAUACAGGUACAGAGGCAGUAUUUGGUUACUCCAAAUAGGUAAAGACUUCUUUUAAUUAUCUUGCUGGAUCAUAUUUAUCACUGAUGGUUAAAAAAACACACACCUUGUGUGACUGUGGAGCAGAACAAGCAACUCGCAUAUGUCUGCUUGCCCACAAUGUCCUGCCUCAUGCAUGGAGGAGGAGUUGUUUAAAGCUUCGGACAAUGCGGUUGCUGUUGCCCAUUUUGGUCUAAAACUAUUUAGCUGCUUAUGAUUCCUUUAUUAUAUCACUUUUAAACUUAUUUAUUAUGCAGUGCUUUUGACACAAAAUAAAAAAACCUGAUGGUUGAGGUUAGAGAAAUAUACUUUAUAAUUGAUGAGUCUCCACAAUAAUUGUAAUUGGUUUUAAAUGUUUAAUGCUUGAUAUUUAUUUAUAUAAUAUUUCUGGACGUUAUUGUGCUUUGUGUGAUUUUUGUCUUCUAUUUUAUGUUAAGUGUGCUUUAAUUUAUACACUAUGUAUUUGCAGUGUGGCAAUGAAGUGGUCAAACAAGGUUGAAAAGAGCAGAGUAGAAUAAUAAUAAUAAUAAUAAUAAUCCAGCAUAUCUAUUUUGUUUGCUGUGUCAUAAUAAAAAAUAAUAAAAACUUUAUUCAUGUACUGCCCUAUUUCCUCAAGGGACUCAGAGCAGUUUCCAAAAUUGGUAAAAAGUUAGUAAAUUAGUAAAUUGUAAAUUAGUAAAUUACAAUUAAAUUGUAAAUUUGUAAAAAGUUAGUAAAUUAGUAAAUUGUUUCCAACAAUAAUAAAUAAAUAAAUAAAUAACAGAAGGGCGAGAAGGCAUGGCCAUCACGUUUGCAGGUCUGGCCAAAUGGGGAGGGAGAGCCAAGACUCCAGAAGACAGGAGCAGACUCCAAAAUGAUCUUCACAGAUGAGAGAGAUGAUGGGCCACAACUAACACCACGAAGUUCAAGAGGGACAGAUGCAAGAGAGAGACUCCUCUUAGGCAGAAAUAAUGGAAUGCAAAGAGACGGAUUGGGGAAGACCUCUGGCUCGUCAGCAGGACGUGUGGAAAAGACCUUGGGGUCCUUGUGGGGAGGAAGGGGAAGAGGUAACAAUGUCCUUUGGCAGCUCCAAAAGCCAAUGGGAUGUUGGCCUGCAGCAAGAGGAGCCUAGUGCCUACAUCCAGGGAUGGAAGUCAUGCUCUCCCUCUCUUCUAUUCUGCCCUGAUCAGACUAUACUUGGAAUCACGCUGUGCCCAAGUCUGGGCACCGCCACUGAAGGGAGAUGUGGACUCUAAGGAUCAAGGGUCUGGAGAACAAGAAUCCCUAUAAAGAGAUUCCACCUGAAAAUGAGGAAGAACUUCCUCACUUUGAGAGAGAGCGGAGGGAGUGUGGUGGAGAGAGGCUCCUUCUUUGGAGGCUUUUCAGCAGGGCCUGGAUGGCCAUCUGUCGGGGGGGCUUUGAGUGCGAUUUCCCUGCUUCUUGGCAAAAUGGGGUUGGACUGGGUGGCCCACCAGGUCUCUUCCAUUAUUUUUGGAUAUUUUUUUUGGGGGGGGGAGGGAUGUUCUCUUCAGAAAAGGUCUGGAAAAUACCCAGUUUUCUGGAUAGGAUCUAGAUUAGAUUCUAGAAAGGGACCAUUUUCUGAAUACUCUGGCAUAUCUGUCUUUCUGGAUCUUUAAAUUCAAUUUUGUUAAAAAUAGCAGGAGGGGUCAAAACCUUUUCUAAUGAUCUAAAAGGAUUUAAAAACCAAUAUCCAUUCACUGAAAAAGCCUGAAAAAGAACCAAUUAUUUUAAUAAGAAUCUAAAGAGUUCCCUUUCUGCAUAUGGCCUAAAUUUGGUGGAUAGGAUCAAUUUUUCUGAAUGGCAAUCUAGAAAAUCUGCCAUUUUUUUGGAUAGGCUCUGGAAAAUCCCUGGGCUGUGCACUCCCCCCCCCCCUCUCAUAUACAUACACAUAAACACAUACAGAUACAUAUAUAUAAAAAUACACUAGCUUGGGUACCCAGCAAUGCCAAGGUUACUUGAAGAGGGCCUUGUUUGCUUUUGGAUGUGACAUCAUAUUCACAGUUGGCCAUGUUGGGUCUGUGUGCCAAGUUUUAUAUAAUAGUAUAUAUAUAAUGUAAUGCAAAGUAAUAAUAAUAUAGAUAAUAUACUAUCAUUGUAAUUUAAAUUGUGUGUGUGUGUGUGUGUGUGUGUGUGUGUGUAUAGAUAUACGUAAAGGUUUUCCCCUGACAUGAAGCCAUGUAUAUGCUGUAUACAUGAGACCACAAUGCCCCUUUGUAGUGCAUUUGAAUGUAAAGGGUCAAGCUUUUCCCCUGACGUUAAGUCUAGUUAUGUCCAUUGACUCUGGGGGUUGGUGCUCAUCUCCAUUUCUAAGCCGAAGAGCCGGCGUUGUCCGUAGACACCUCCAAGGUCAUGUGGCCAUAGGCAUGACUGCAUGGAGCACUGUUACCUUCCCACCGGAGCAGUACCUAUUGAUGCACUCACAUUUGCAUGUUUUUGAACUUCUGGGUUGGCAGAGGCUGGGGCUAACAGUGGGGGCUCUCUCCACUCCCCCAAUUCAAACCUGCUGCCUUUCGGUCCAGAACUUCAGCAGCUCAGAGCAGUGUUGUUUACAAUAUUUUAUGUGCUUGUACUGUCUGUGGCCCUCAGAAAACAGAGGAUUUGCCAGGGUUUGGUGAUGUGAAUACUUUGUUGGGAGGUGUUAGCUGGCCCUGAUUGUUUCCUGGAUGGAAUAGCUGUGUUUUCAGAGUGUUGCUCUUUAUGUACUGUCCUGAGAUGAUAAAGUGGUGAGCACGGAAUGGCCUUGCAGCUUCAAAGCCUGGCUGCUUCCCUGUCUGAGGGGGGGAUCCUUUGUUGGGAGGUGUUAGCUAGCCCUGGUUGUUUCCUGGAUGGAAUAGCUGUGUUUUCAGAGUGUUGCUCUUUAUUUACUGUCCUGAGAUGAGAGAGUGAUGAGCAUGGAAUGGCCUUGCAGCUUCCAAGCCUGAUGGUUUCCCCUCUGAGGGAGGGGGGGAUCCUUUGUUGGGAGGUGUUAGCUGGCCCUGACUGUUUCCUGGAUGGAAUAGCUGUGUUUUCAGAGUGUUGCUCUUUAUUUACUGUCCUGAGAUGAGAGAGUGAUGAGCAUGGAAUGGCCUUGCAGCUUCCAAGCCUGAUGGUUUCCCCUCUGAGGGAGGGGGAUCCUUUGUUGGGAGGUGUUAGCUGGCCCUGAUUGUUUCCUGGAUGGAAUAGCUGUGUUUUCAGAGUGUUGCUCUUUAUGUACUGUCCUGAGAUGAUAAAGUGGUGAGCACGGAAUGGCCUUGCAGCUUCAAAGCCUGGCUGCUUCCCUGUCUGAGGGGGGGAUCCUUUGUUGGGAGGUGUUAGCUAGCCCUGGUUGUUUCCUGGAUGGAAUAGCUGUGUUUUCAGAGUGUUGCUCUUUAUUUACUGUCCUGAGAUGAUAAAGUGGUGAGCACGGAAUGGCCUUGCAGCUUCAAAGCCUGGCUGCUUCCCUGUCUGAUGGGGGGGGAUCCUUUGUUGGGAGGUGUUAGCUAGCCCUGGUUGUUUCCUGGAUGGAAUAGUUGUGUUUUCAGAGUGUUGCUCUUUAUUUACUGUCCUGAGAUGAAAGAGUGAUGAGCAUGGAAUGGCCUUGCAGCUUCCAAGCCUGAUGGUUUCCCCUCUGAGGGAGAGGGAACCUUUGUUGGGAGGUGUUAGCUGGCCCUGACUGUUUCCUGGAUGGAAUAGCUGUGUUUUCAGAGUGUUGCUCUUUAUUUACUGUCCUGAGAUGAGAGAGUGAUGAGCAUGGAAUGGCCUUGCAGCUUCCAAGCCUGAUGGUUUCCCCUCUGAGGGAGGGGGGGAUCCUUUGUUGGGAGGUGUUAGCUGGCCCUGACUGUUUCCUGGAUGGAAUAGCUGUGUUUUCAGAGUGUUGCUCUGAAUGAGAGAGUGAUGAGCACGGAAUGGCCUUGCAGCUUCCAAGCCUGAUGGUUUCCCCUCUGAGGGAGGGGGGGAUCCUUUGUUGGGAGGUGUUAGCUGGCCCUGACUGUUUCCUGGAUGGAAUAGCUGUGUUUUCAGAGUGUUGCUCUGAAUGAGAGAGUGAUGAGCACGGAAUGGCCUUGCAGCUUCCAAGCCUGAUGGUUUCCCCUCUGAGGGAGGGGGGGAUCCUUUGUUGGGAGGUGUUAGCUGGCCCUGACUGUUUCCUGGAUGGAAUAGCUGUGUUUUCAGAGUGUUGCUCUUUAUUUACUGUCCUGAGAUGAGAGAGUGAUGAGCAUGGAAUGGCCUUGCAGCUUCCAAGCCUGAUGGUUUCCCCUCUGAGGGAGGGGGGAUCCUUUGUUGGGAGGUGUUAGCUGGCCCUGAUUGUUUCCUGGAUGGAAUAGCUGUGUUUUCAGAGUGUUGCACUUUAUUUACUGUCCUGCGAUGAUAAAGUGGUGAGCACGGAAUGGCCUUGCAGCUUCAAAGCCUGGCUGCUUCCCUGUCUGAUGGGGGGGGGAUCCUUUGUUGGGAGGUGUUAGCUAGCCCUGGUUGUUUCCUGGAUGGAAUAGCUGUGUUUUCAGAGUGUUGCACUUUAUUUACUGUCCUGAGAUGAGAGAGUGAUGAGCACGGAAUGGCCUUGCAGCUUCAAAGCCUGGCUGCUUCCCUGUCUGAGGGGGGGGAUCCUUUGUUGGGAGGUGUUAGCUAGCCCUGGUUGUUUCCUGGAUGGAAUAGCUGUGUUUUCAGAGUGUUGCUCUUUAUUUACUGUCCUGAGAUGAUAAAGUGGUGAGCACGGAAUGGCCUUGCAGCUUCAAAGCCUGGCUGCUUCCCUGUCUGAUGGGGGGGAUCCUUUGUUGGGAGGUGUUAGCUGGCCCUGAUUGUUUCCUGGAUGGAAUAGCUGUGUUUUCAGAGUGUUGCUCUUUAUUUACUGUCCUGAGAUGAUAAAGUGGUGAGCACGGAAUGGCCUUGCAGCUUCAAAGCCUGGCUGCUUCCCUGUCUGAUGGGGGGGAUCCUUUGUUGGGAGGUGUUAGCUAGCCCUGCUUGUUUCCUGGAUGGAGAGUGUUGCACUUUAUUUACUGUCCUGAGAUGAGAGAGUGAUGAGCACGGAAUGGCCUUGCAGCUUCAAAGCCUGGCUGCUUCCCUGUCUGAGGGGGGCGGAGGGAUCCUUUGUUGAGCAGCCAGGCCUUGCAGUUGUGAGGCGAGGAAAGGAAAUGGGCUGUAACAUGUUUGGUGAGUGCGGUGGCAGGGAGGGGGGGAGUUUAAAGGGGAUCUACCGUGGGGUUUGAGUAGUUUUUUCAUUGGGUAGGUCCCUGAGGGGCGGCAUUCUGAACCCACCUUGCUCCUCCCGAGAAGCAUUAGGUUGUGGGGUGGUGGGGAGGAGAGGGACGAUGUCUGAGGGGGGAAAAGGAGUGCGCGUGGUAGCGGCCGGUGGAGGGAGGGAUGUGGAUUGUUGUGUGUGCACGCGGGCUGGCCUCUUGGGCAUGCGCAGAUCCCGGUAUUUGGGGGUUUUUUGGCCCCAUGGAGGUUAGGGAUGUGUAGUUUGUUUCUAAGAACAUAGAGACGUGGAUGAGGGGUUGUGUUGUCAAUUUUCUAGGUUGGGGGGCCUUUAGUUUUGUUGUUUGCUCGGUGGAGCAAUGCCAUUCUCCUUUUAUAUAUAUAGAUUUUAGUAGUUAUCCACUAUGUCAAGUCUUUAUCAACCAAUCGUGUGUUGAUAAAUCACCCCCUUCUCCUCCCGUUGCCACUUGGGCUCCUUUUCUCUCCCUUCAGCUUCUCCUUCCUCCCUUCCUUAGGCUGUAAAUUGUAAUUUUUUAUGAUUUAUUAUAGUCUUUUAGAGUUUAUCAAAAAACCGCAAAACAGCGAAUCCGCAAAAAGCGAACCACGAAGUAGUGAGGGAACACUGUGUAUGUAUUUAAUAUAUAUUUGUUUCUGCAGAGUUUACAUGGCAUUUAUACAUGUGAGUUUAUAUACUGGUUUUAGCUGAAUAUAUAGGCCUUGCCUGGUUUUAUGUUAUUCUUUUAUAUAUAGUUUGAUUUCAGUCGGUCCUUUUUCAAGUGAAUAAUUUCAGUUUGCCCUCAUUUUUUCCUCCUACAUUUUUGUAUUUGCUUUUCUCAGACAAAUUAACCACAUAGAGGAGGGCUUAUGGCAGGAAGAAGGGAGGAAAAUGGUAAUAAUAAUGAAAGGGGAGGAGAGAGAAAGGAAGGAGGAAUAAGGAAAGGAAAGAAGAAGAGAUGGGGAAGAGGGAAGGAAAGAAGAGAGGAAAAGAGAAGGAAGGAGAGAGCAAAGGAAGAAAGGAAAGAAGGAAGGAAGAAAAGAGAGGAAAGAGAUUGAAGAAGAGGUGAAGAUAGAAAUGAAAGGAGAGAACAAGAAAGAAGGAGGGAAGAUAAGCAAAGGAAAGAAAAAGAAAUGAAGAGACAGUAGAAGAAAGAAGGAAGAGAGGCAGUAGCAAAGGAAUAGAAGGAAAGAAGACAAAAGAAGUCAAGGGGAAGAAAGGAUGAAUGGGAGGGAGGAAAGAAUGUGGAGAUAAAGGAAGGAAAGCAAAGGAAGAGAGAGAAGGAAACAUGGAAGAAAGGAAAAAGAUUGAGAAGGAGGAAGGAUUGAUAGGUGAAAGAAAGGAAGAGAGAAGGAAAGAAGAAAAAAGGAGGAAGGAAGAAAAGAAAAUGAAGGUAGGAAAUAUAGAUUGAGGGGGAUUGAUGAAUGGAAAGAGUGAGAACGGAAGGAAAGAAGGAAGAAAGAGAAGUGAAAAGGAGAGGGGAAAGGGCCGGGCUGUGGCGCAGGCGGGAGAGCAAGCCAGCUGCAAUUAACUGCAAUGAAUCACUCUGACCAGGAGGUCAUGAGUUCGAGGCCCGCUCGGAGCCUAUGUUUGUCUUGUCUUUGUUCCAUGUUAAAAGGCAUUGAAUGUUUGCCUUAUAUGUGUCAUGUGAUCCGCCCUGAGUCCCCUUCGAGGUGAGAAAGAAGGGCGGAAUAUAAAUACUGGAAAUAAAUAAACAAAUAAAUAAAUAAGAACAAAGAGAAAGGAGGAAAGGAAGGAAAAAGGAUGGAAGGAAGGA